AUGGUUAAAAAUCCAGUCAUCAAGUACGAUACCAAGAAUUUAUUGCAUGGAGUAUACUCACAUCGAUACAGGUCCUUGGAUCAGCAAAACAUAUUCAACGCAUAUGCAUCAGGCAUGAAGGAAGACUUGGAGCUCUACGGCAAUGAGCUCAACUACUUCACCACCUACUUCAAUGUUGCCUACUGUAUCAUGUUGAUUCCGUCCCAAAUCAUCAUCACCUACGUCCGGCCAAGCUGGUGGCUUCCGUCACUUGAGAUUCUAUGGGGUAUCAUCACUGGUCUAUUUGCGGUGACUACAAACGCAAAGCAAGCAUACAUCCUUCGAGCAUUUCUGGGGCUCUGCGAAAGCACAGCCUAUCCAGGGAUGAUCACCCUGUUUAUGUCAUGGUACACUCCAUUGGAGAUGGCCAAGAGAAUAGGAUUUUACCACUCUUGCCAAGGAGUGGGACAAGUCAUAUCUGGUGCAAUGCAAGCUGCUAUCGUGAGAUCUCUGGAGGGUAGGCACGGACUCCGAGGCUGGAGAUGGCUGUUUAUCAUCAACGCGAUCAUCACAGUGGUUCAAGGCGCCGCUGGCUAUUUCAUGCUUCCGGAUUCCCCUCACAAGCCUAAUCCCUGGUCUUUUUGGUUCAAGAAACAUCACGCUGAAUAUGCCCUACACAGACUGGAAAGGGAAAAUAGAGUGGACAUGAAACCGAUCACAUGGGCCGCCGCAAAGCGAACUUUCACAACAUGGCUAGUGUAUGUGGUUACGGCUAUGUAUAUUGCUAUGGUUUGCGGGACACUGGGGUAUAAUUACUUCAAUUUGUUCCUCAAAGCCCUAAGGAAUGGUGACGGAUCGCUUAGAUGGACUGUUGAAGAGAUUAAUCUGAUCCCGAUUGGAGGAAGUGUCAUCACGGUUGUGUUUGUAUGGGUAUGGGCGUUCCUCUCGGACUUUCUUAGAACGCGAUGGAUCUUAAUUGUUGUACAAGCUGGAAUUGCCAUCGUCGCUUCGAUAAUCAUGAUAAUCUGGACGAGGAACCCCGACGCAACUCCGGUGGCAGCAGGCUACGCUGGAUACUUCUUGACUACGCUAGCUCUAGGCACUGCUCCGUUGAUUUGGACAUGGCUCUCUGACCUUGCACCGCAGGAACCAGAGGAGCGAUCUCUUACAGUCGGUUGUGCCAUUGCGGGCUAUUAUGCUACAUCUGCGUGGAGCCAAGUCCUGAUGUGGCCAGCAAGCCAAGCACCUUAUUGUUCGUCAUGCAUGCUAUUUAAGUACGGAAGCCGAGUUAACAAUAAUGAAAGCCGCGGCGUUGUACAGGGCGUCAAGGAGGAUAUUGCAGUGGUAGACAAUGUUGAGGAGAAUAAAUCAGCAUCGAAGCGUGAGGAUGAGGUCGCCUAA